UUUGCCGCCAUGAUUGGUGCUUGGAAAAGUUGGGGGAAAAGAGGAGGGUAUAUAUAUAUAUAUUUAGUAAUCAGAAAUCCCUAACUUUUUGAAAUUGGGAAUUUAUAUCUCUCUCUCGAAGAAAACCCUAAUUUCCAUCAAUGGUGGGGAUUUCAUCUGCGCCUUUGGCUCCACUCUCUUGGCAUGAUUAGAUUCGUCUUUCCUGCUCCACUUCACGUCUUCUUUUCCUUUUCCUGCGAACCAACCAUUAAUUAAUUUCAAUUUUCAUCCUGAUUUCGAUUAAUUUCGUCUAUCGGAUUUUGAAUUUCCUCGCCGAUUUCGUUGUGGAUCGAGGUUAGGUAUGGGUAAUUCCGGCAGCAGCGGCGUUCACGGCCGGCGGAGAGCGUCCGGCGGGCAGCGGGACGGGCAGGGACCGCCGGCGGAGGAUCGGUAUGUUUAUGCGGCGGCGACGCCUUAUCCUCCGCCGCCGCCGCCGCAGGGGAAUCCGAACGCGCCGGCGGCGGCGUUUCAUCAAUACCCUAGCUACUACCCCCACCCGGGGACGAUGCCGAUGCCGAUGCCUCUGCCGGCGCCGUACGACCACCGCCACGCGCCGCCGGGGGCUAAUAACUGGAUCGGCGGUCGGUACCCCUGCGGUCCCAUGGCGCAUCAUCCUCCGGCGUAUGUGGAGCAUCAGAAGGCGGUCACUAUUAAGAACGAUGUUAAUGUGAAGAAGGAGACUCUGAGAAUCGAAUCCGACGAGGAGAAUCCGGGGAAAUAUCUCGUUGCUUUCACUUUCGACGCCAUAGUCGCCGGAAGCAUAACGAUAUUCUUCUUCGCGAAAGAGGGUGAGAAUUGUUGCCUGACUCCGAUCAAAGAGACCGCGCAUCCUCCUAUUACAUUCAAUUUCGAACAAGGUUUAGCACAGAAGUACAAACAGCCAUCAGGAACUGGUAUCGAUCCUUCGAUAUUCGAUGAGGAAGUACCGACGGGAGAUGGCGAGAACGACAUCUACCCGCUGGCAAUAAAGGCAGAGGUUUCUUCAGACCAGACCGGAAAUUCGGACAGCAGAGCGACAAACUCGCAGAUAACUCACGCUGUGUUCGAGAAAAAGGAUAGCGGCGAAUACGUUGUAAGAGUGGUGAAACAGAUCGUGUGGGUGCAAGGAAAGAGGUACGAGUUGCAAGAGAUUUACGGGAUUGGGAAUUCAGUCGAGGAUGACAUCGACUCGAGCAACGAUCCCGGGAAAGAAUGCGUCAUAUGCCUGUCCGAGCCCCGCGACACGACAGUCCUCCCCUGUCGACAUAUGUGCAUGUGCAGCGAGUGUGCGAAAGUCCUGAGGUUCCAGACGAACCGAUGCCCGAUUUGCAGACAGCCGGUGGAGAGACUUUUGGAGAUCAAGGUCAGCAACACGUCCGAGGUUCCAAAACCCGAUAUGCAGACAACAACCGAUCGGGACCAAGGUUAGACGCCAUGAUUUCGUCGUCGACGAUUUGUGAA